CACAGCUCACUCGAAGAUCCUAGAAAAGGAGGGAAAACUCAUUCUACCGAGAAUGUUGUCUCUGUAUUCACUAGCUGUUCUGAAACCCAAACCACUUCAAACUGAAAAGAGUGAGCGGUGCCAACCACAGCAAGAACCAUUGAGGGCUUUAAGGAAGCUGCUCUUGUUUGGCUGUUUCUUGGGUUGUUUUCUUUUUUCCGAGUCUCUCGAUUUCCCAGGUCCAACAUCUUGCCAUCAUGAUAAAGUACAGCUCCAGCUUCCAGAGGAAUUUGAGAAUGACCUUUCCUGGCAAGUGAAAACUAUUGGUGCAACUGGAGAAGAAAAGGGUGAUUGUGACUAUGCCGUGGACUACGAAAUGCGGAUGCUAACAGUUCCCUACGCCAGCUGCACUAAACUGGAGCACGUUAAGCCCCGCCUGCAACUCAAAGUGACCGGACCUUUGAAAAGUCAAACCUACAGUGUGGAUUGUGACACUCUCCAGGCCGACGAAGCCUUUUCGCCGAGCGGAAUGGCCAGUGCUACAAACUGCACCAAGGAUUUCAUGACAGUUGUGUUCCCAAGGCUUAUCCCCAGCUUACACGAUGAACAUUCGGUGGCGGAGGCAUCAAUGGAAUGGGUUGUGUCAAUAGAAGACGGAACGAGAACACACCAGCUAAACCUUCGGCAAGCCAUGCAGCAAGGGUACACCUUCCUAAUGGACGGCAGCCACCUCAUCUUCCAGGUCUCUUUCGAUGCAACUGGAGUUGUUGCUUACAAGCAAGACGGCGGCGUGCUGUACACAGCUGCCCUGAAGCUCACCUACGGACCUCCAGAACGACGGCUGACAGUGGAAGCGAGAAUGGUUUGUGCUCAAGGCCCAGUGAGGUGCAACUCGACACACAUGACCGUUGCCAUCCCAGCGUUUCCAGGGACCCUGUCAGCCGUCAGCCUGAACGAUAAGAAUAUUCCACUGAGCCAACGUCAAGCUGAUGGAGUCAGUGUGGACCUAAGAAGGGGCGUGAAGCUGUACAUCAAUAAAAGGACCCUGAAGUCCAGGGUCUACAGAGAUGACAGCUGUUCGGGAUUCCAGGUUUACGCUUCCUCGCUCAAACUGAGCUUCGACAUCCGUGGCGAAAAGGCAACCACGGUUAUGUACCCGGAAUGUCCUUGUGAGCAAAGCGCGUUGCUGGCUGCCACCUGCACAGAAGACGGCCACAUGGCCUUUGAAAUCUCCAGCAGCAGCACCAAGCCCGCGCUAAACAUGGACACACUUCGGCUCAAAGACCCUGCUUGCAAGCCGGUCGGCCGAUCAGCUUCCGGUGACGCCGUCCAGUUUCACGUCCCCUUGAAUGGUUGUGGGACCAGGCAAAGGUUUGAUGGUGACAAGAUGGUGUACGAGAACGAACUGAGCGCCCUGUGGAUGGACCUUAUGCCACGCAAGAUCUCCAGAGACAGUGAAUUCAGGCUGACCGUAGUCUGCUCCUAUAGUAGUGAUGAUGCUUCGCUGAACGUGAAGAUAAGCAGCCUUCCUCCUCCAGAGCUGGUCAUAAACCAAGGCCCUCUCUCUUUGAUCCUCCUCAUCUACCCAGAUGACUCCUACCUCCAGCCUUACGGUGACGACCAGUAUCCAAUUGUGAAGUAUCUGCGGCAGCCCAUAUUCUUGGAGGUUCAAGUCCUUCACCGAAACGACCCCAACAUCCACCUGGUGCUAGAUGACUGCUGGGCCACGCUGUCCCUAGAUUCGGCUUCCCUCCCGCGUUGGAACAUCGUGGUAGAUGGCUGCAAUUAUGAGCUGGACACCUACCGAACCGUCUUCCAUCCUGUGAGCCACAGGGUUGCGUAUCCCAACUUUCGCCAGAGGUUUGAAGUGAAAGCUUUCACCUUUGUCUCAGACGGCAAAGCGCUCCCCAGCCUGCCCCCAAGUGGGUGUGGUACCAUGUUGCCCCCAAGUUUUUCUGGAGCCUGCUAG